GCCACCUUCAGUCUCUGAAGUUUCUUGCAGCCAACAUGAGGACUCAUAUGUUCCUUCUGGCAGUGCUAGCAAUCUUCUGUACUCAAACUCAUGGAUAUGAGGUUUUUAACUACUUGAAUCCUGCCAAUAAUGGUGGCCCAGCCCAGGAAACAGUGCAAAUUGAAAAUGAGAAAAAUAUUGCCAUCAUCAACGUCAAUGCAGGGACCUGCUCUUCCACCACAAUCUUUGACUACAAACAUGGUUAUAUUGCUUCUAGGAUACUUUCUAGGAGAGCCUGCUAUAUAAUGAAGAUGGACCACGAAAGUAUCCCUGCUCUGGAUCAACUCAGAAGAUAUGUUUAUGAGAGACAGGCACUGCAAAACAUGUUUUCUCCCAAAUAUUCCUGGGUGAAAUACAACCCCAUACAGUCCCUGAUCACCGAUAUUGAUUGGUUCCUGUUUGGUUCACCCAUAGAGAAGCUUUGCAAACAUGUGCCCCUGUAUAAGGGUGAAGUGGUUAAAGAGAGCCCUGGUGCUAAGGGUUGUGCCAAGGUUGGUCUCCUGGGCAUUCUCCAUAUUGGCAUUUGCGCAGAUCUACACCUUUAACAUCGUCCUAUUGGAGCUGUCAUUCAGAGGAGGUACCCUUGGAUUUCAUGAUUCCACUCUUGUAACUAAAUAAUAACAUCACAGUGCUCCCGCUUACCCCCUGGUGGUGACUGGAAGAGAGAAAUGUGUGCAUCAACAAUAAAAUUUGUUUUAUUUUAAAAUGUUUGAUGGGGUUUUUUCCCUUCACCAUAAAAACUGAAGAGAAGGUCAGUGAGUUCCUCCUUACAUUUUCUUGGCCAUAGCUGACUAUAACCAUUGUAUGAAAGGUUUUCUUCUGAGAGGAAAGGCCUACAUACAAUUAGAUAGAAUAUUUACCUCUUGGGCUUGUUGUUCUCAUUUAGAUAACUUAGGACUUAUGGUACUUCCCACUGCUAGGGUGUCGUGAUCAACUAAGCAACCUUGUAAGCACACAUAUUCUCAAGGCUCAAAACAUGAAGUUUAUUUAAAAUCAUAGAAUCAGAGAAUGUUAAAUCUGGACUCAGGCUCUUCCUAACUCUGUGACCCUGGGCAAGUCACUUGACCCCCACUGCCUAGCCUUUACCACUCUUCUACCUUUGAACCAAUACACAGUAUUGAUUCUAAGAUGGAAGGUAAGGGUUAAAAAAAACAACUUAAGUAAAUGAUAUCUACAGUAUUCCUCUCAACC